AUGUAUUCACCUCAUCAUAACAAACUAGUUGUCUCGAUAUAUUUCCUUUUAUCUUGGGUGGUGGUUUCAAUAGAUUCAUACACUCCGGUAGGACGUUUUGGACAAAGUUCUGCAUUAGUUGGCGAUAAGAUAUAUUAUUUUGGAGGAGAACAACUACCUCAAUCGAACAUUUCAGCAGCAUUGGAUGAGGUUUUAUAUUUAGAUUUGUCAACUUCUUUUAAUAUAAAAUCACCUGCAUGGAUAAAUAUUACCCCAAAAUCUCAAAUCCCCUUCGCCAAUACAUUCUCAACAGCAGUAUCCCACUUAAAUGAUAAUGAUGUCUUCAUAAUUUACCUAAUGGGUGGAAUAAUGGUUGAUGCCAAGACCGAUGAAGACAAAUUUUCAUCAUUCAUUCAUGCCUUUAACACAGAUUCAAAUGAAUGGGCAUCUUUAACUACAACGGGAGAGCCAGAAAGGAGAUAUGAAUUGUCCUCGGUCAUUGACAAAUCAAAUAAAAUUAGAAUAUUUGGUGGCGUUACAAAUCAAGAUACUGGAUCUCCAACUACCAAAUGGUUUACAGAUCAAUACGUCCUUGAUAUAGAGACAAUGAUAUGGACGUCAAGUAUUUAUAUCUACGAUACCAACAUAAAUAAAUGGGAUUUAAAGUUUGCUAGUGGAUCGAAAAAUAUCGAUGCACGUCGAUUCCAUACCGCAUCACUAACUGAUGAUGGACGCAUAAUUGUAUUUGGAGGAGAAAAUGUUGUUCGUGGAAGUGCUCAACCAAGUUUAGUUGUAUUAGAUACAAAGGACGCAAGGUCGUUUACUUGGGUUUUACCAUUUAUAUCAGAGGAACCUAAUGCUUCUCCAUUACCUUUAAUGCUUCACUCGGCUUCUAUUGUAAAUGACUAUAUGGUUGUCUCUUUUGGUAAUAUAACGGAUGGAAGAAAACAACUUAAUGAUAAAAUUUACCUAUUUGAUGUAAAGAAUUAUCAAUGGGUUAGCGAAUUCAUAAUUGAUAGCCCCUUCAAGCCAAUUUCUCAUUCCAAACCUAAAAAGACCUUAGGAAAGUCACCGUCAGAUAAGGGAGCAUCUGGUGAUUCUGAAACAGAUGAACCUAAAUAUCUUGGAACGAUUAUUGCCACAAGCAUUGGCAGCCUUGCAUUUGGUGUGAUCAUAACUGGAAUCAUAGCCUUCAUUCAUAAAAAGCAUAAAAGAAUUAUGCGAGAUCAUAAAGAAGCACGGAAAAUACAGGAACUAUAUCUACAGCAGCAAACAACACAACCCACCGCUAGCGUUUAA